AGGCGCCAUGAGCUGCAUCAACCUGCCCACCGUGCUGCCGGGGUCCCCCAGCAAGACCCGCGGCCAGGUCCAGGUGAUCCUCGGACCCAUGUUCUCAGGGAAAAGCACGGAGCUGAUGAGACGAGUCCGCCGCUUCCAGAUUGCGCAGUACAAGUGUCUGGUCAUCAAGUACUCCAAGGACAUCCGCUACGGCACUGGCUUCUCUACACAUGAUCGGAAUACCAUGGAGGCGCUGCCAGCCUGCCUGCUCCGGGACGUGACCCAGGAAGCGUUGGGGGUAGCUGUCAUAGGCAUUGACGAAGGGCAGUUUUUCCCUGACAUCGUGGAGUUCAGCGAGGCCAUGGCUAACGCCGGGAAGACUGUAAUUGUGGCCGCCCUGGAUGGAACUUUCCAGAGGAAGGCCUUCGGAAGUAUCUUGAACCUGGUGCCCCUGGCAGAGAGCGUGGUGAAGCUGACGGCCGUGUGCAUGGAAUGCUUCCGCGAGGCCGCCUACACCAAAAGGCUGGGCUCUGAGAAGGAGGUGGAGGUGAUAGGUGGAGCAGACAAGUACCACUCAGUGUGUCGUCUCUGCUACUUUAAGAAGACCUCAGGCCAGCAAGGGCUGGACAACAAGGAGAACUGCCCAGUGCUGGGGAAGGCAGGGGAGACGCCCAUUGCGGGAGUCCGGAAGCUCUUUGCCCCCCAGCAGGUCCUGCAGUCCAGCCCCGCCCACUGA